AUAUCAUUGGGCUCGAUAUCAGUAUCAUGGCAUCUCUAUUUUGAUCAACCCUGGUCGCACUGCUACCGCCCAUAAUACAACAGCAACGGCGACUACCUGCUGUCACCUACAUCCACCUGCUACCAUGGCCAUGAGCCCCAACUUCCCCAAUCGCCUGUCAACGGAACGGCUGCUGCAGCAGGUAUGCAGCCAAUGCACCAGCCCUCGUCACUCCGUGUCUGUUUUUGGAACCGUGGAGGAAGAGAGCCGGCACAUUUUCGUACUGUACCAGUUUGUACACUGUGUCGUUGGAGCAAGCCUACAGUGGACAGACCUUCCAGAACAUCAACGGAAGCCAGCGACAUUGGGCAGCAUAUGGGAAUAGCGGGCAGCUGCACCACGGAAGAAAACGAUGAAUCGCUCUCCCCGGAGAUAGGCUUCGAGAACCCGAGACAUAGACUUCACUACGAAACACCAAGAUCUGAGCUGACUUUGCACGCUUCAACUCCAUCCUCUGUUCUUUGGUGUUCAACAGCAGUCUAUGUCACUGUUUCUGGCCCGUGAAAAACUGCCUUCAUACGUUGCUGGACUUGCCAAUAUGCUUCUCUUUUGACUAACCCAUAUGUCCCUCUCAUCUAGGUAAAUAAUCACGAGUUCAACUCACACGCGGCCAUCCAGACCAUCAUGAGACGCAUGUUCCGAGUCUCAGUCACUGACAAGCUGUCUGAAUGAGACCAAUGGAUUAUAGACACGGACCUGGCCUCAUGAGGAGAGGCCUUCCCCCGAAUGACCUGACUGGACAGAUAUACGCCGUUAUGCGAUGAGGGGAGAUGACGAUACCGGGGUUAACAACGCUGUGUUCACAUCCCCUUCUCCUUCUUAUUAGCUGCUCGGCACACGGCAGACGCCACCUUCUUCCACCUGCCCUCUGGAGAGUGAUGAGACGGGCCCUCGGGCGAGGAACAGAGUCGGGCACUUUACUUCACACGACAUUUCGGCGCGCAAAACGGGAGUGCACAGGUCGGCGUGGUUUGGGGGCCGACUGGAUCGAGCCGAUGCCAGCGUUGCAAGGCUUGGUGAUAGGAUCUAGAGGCCGUUGAUAACAGGUUGGAUAGAGUCGUAUCCGAAAAUCACCUGUCGAGGACCAAAGCCUUCAACACACUCUCAUGUUAUCUUGAACAUUAUUAGUUUCAGCUAUAAAUGCCGCAAGCCAUACGAGAUGAUCUGGCUCUCAGCUGGCUAGAUCCAUGUAGAACAUAAAUGGACAUCGACUCCCAGUUGCACUCUGAUAGCUGGCACUAUAUAUUGCCUGAGACCCGUCCAGUUUCCUUCCGAACCGUCCUUCUGUGUUCAUUCCUCUCAUCAUCUCGAUAUCUUUCAGACCUUGCCAAUCUGUUACUCACCCACACUCAUCCUCAUCCCAAACACCAGAUUUCAGAAAGCACUCGAGAUUCGGAGAAUAUUCUGCCUCUUUGACAAGAUGGAAAGGUAUGUCCCUGCCUAGCUGUAACACAGCAACCAGAUCAAGCAAAGAUGAUGCAUGGUUGGAUUGUUCUCGAAUGUUGGCUUGGGAGAUGAGGCUUGACAGCUGCAAAAGAUGCGAUCCAAGGCCGGUUGGCGGACGUGGCAGCCGUGGCAGCCGCAAGUGGUGCGGGGCAUGGGGCGGCGGAUGGUGUGGCUUGAGAGCAACCUGGAAGACUGGCCCACCUCGGCGCCGGGGGUUCGAUGGCGCUACCAGGCCAAUCCCCUUGCUCAAACAUUUUUUUGGUGAAGCUCGAUUGGAGAAAGUGUUGAAUGUCCACCUGGCUCCAGCUUGCUCCAGACCGCGAGACCCCAUUUGUGAGCAACUUCAUCGAUUGCUUGUCUGGCCUUUUCUCUGUACUGCCCUCCACACGGCCGUCGCACUGCUCGUUCCCUCCCGCCCUCCUAUAUAGCCGCUGAACAGCAAUUGCGUCAAUUCCCUGCGCAUGAUGCUCUAAACCCCCAUCAUCAUCAUCGCCCGCCGUUUUAAUAUUCGUUUCCGCUGUUUUCCCCUGCCUGCCGCAGACCAACACACACCGUCAUCACGACCUCUUUCUACGACAGUCUUUCUCCGUGAGAGCGGCUGUUACUGAUUGGGCUUGUCGACCCUCGCUGGCUACAGGUUUUUUAAUAGCUCUUUUCUCCAACGAUCUGUCCGUUAAUCCAGGCACUCCGCCAGGCUCUUCACUUGUCUUCACGACAAGCUUCUCCCGUCUUACGUUACGCAUCUCGAUAUCUAUUCCCCAACCAUGGCCGAUAACGUUCCCGCUGAGCCCUCAGCUGCUAGCCAGCUCUUGCAACAGCAUGCCACGCACCACGUAACGGUCGAGGAUGUUGUAGACGAAGAGCUCCCACCCAAGUCUGCUGCCAGCACCGAGGCUACCACCACGGAGUCUGCCCCCCCAGCAGCCGCACCAAAUCCUGCGAAGGCCAACAUUGCUACCCAGUCCCGUGAGCUUUUCCCAGAACUCGGGACUGCACCCGCUCCUGUUGCCCGUCCCACCGGUAUCUGGGCCAAGAGAACCGGUGCCAAUGGCACAAGCGAAAGCAAUGGCACUCCUACAACAUCCGCACCUCCCUCCGGUGCAACGACUCCUACUCCCCCGGCUGUCAGGGGCCCUGCGAAUAUCUCGAUCCCAGGCCGCAAUGUUGAGUACACACUUUUGGAACCUCAACACGUGCUUCCUCGUGCCCAGCUGAAGAAACCCCUGCCAGACAUCGCCAAGGACUUUAACCGUAGGUCGCGGGCACCUAUCAAGGUCAGCACCAUGGCGGAUGGCAAGGUCAGGGUUGAGGCUACUGGCGCCCAGGAUAUUGCGACCCAGGCUCUGAAGGACUUCAUCAACCAGAUCGGCACUAAGCUUUCCAUCAAGGUGUCGAUUCCCCGUUCUACCAGGGCCCAUGUCAUCGGCAAGGGCGGUUCCACCAUCAAGGCCCUGCAGGAGAAGACUGGCGCCCGGAUCCAGAUGCCUAGGGUAGAGGAUGCUCCUGCGGCCGCUGAGGAUGAGGACGAUGACAGCACGAUCGAUGUUUUGAUCGAGGGCAACUCCCAGCAGGCUGCUGCAGCCCGUAACGCCAUUUUGAAGAUUGCUGGUGAACGGGCUGCCAACGUCAACACACGCCUCAAGGGCAUCCCUGCCGAGUUCUUUCCCUUCAUUGCCAAGAACGGCCUGAUCAGCAGCCUGGAACAGGGUAGAGAUCUUCAGGUCCAGGUGCCUUCGCACCCCGUCCGGGUGCCUCACCCGCCAGAGGCGCCUCAGGGUGGGCAGCCUCCCGUCUUCUAUCCCGCUGUUGACAACUUCAUCCAGCUCACUGGUGAGCGCGAUGCUGUCAGGGCUGCCAAGGAGCAGAUUGAAAGACGUGCCGAGGAGCUCCGCCAGCAACUCGCCGUCGACCAGUUCUCUCUCAACAAGGGACGUCAUCAGUUCAUUGUUGGCGAUAAGGGCAUUCCUCAGGAUCAGUUCUUCGACCAGACCGGAUGCAUUGUUGUCUUGCCCGCCGACGAUGAGGACGAGACCGUCACCAUUAUCGGGCCUUCUGACAAGAUCACUCCCGCCUCCGACGUGGCUAUGGAUCUCGCUAUGAACAUGCAGAGCUCCAACCUUGAUAUCACUCGUUACUUCCGCCAGGUUCCUUCUGCUGCUGCCCAUGCCCGCAACGUCACCCGCUAUCUCCGCGAGAGAAAAGAGAUUGAGCGUCUGGAGAAGCUACACCAUGUGCACUUCAACACUCCUUUCAAUGCCAACGGCGCUCUUCCUUGGGAGCUCUAUGCCCGUGAUGGCAAGAAUGCUAUCCGGGCUUCCAACGAAGUCAAGGGCAUCGUCGAGGGCCACCCUCCAGCCCGCAUUGCGACGGCUGCGGUCGACCCCUUCUUCCACGCCUACCUGCAGAAGGAGGCUAGACCCAAGGUUAGACAAGAUUAUGGUGUCCACCUUGUGAUCCCCCAAGGCUCUGAGGCCGACUCCCCUCUUCUUCUUGUCUACGAGGGCCGCACAAGCCCUGAUUCCUACGAGAUUCCUCGCGCUCAGCCCAGCCAGGCCGAUCUGCUCGAAAUGCAAAAGUGGCUCAGCGAGGCCCAAGCCUAUAUCACUGGCUUGAUCGCCAAGCAGGAUCCCUUGACUGCCGCUACCAUGGAAGUUCCCACCAAGUUCCAUGAGAAGUUGCGCAGAUUCAUCAAGAAGGAGCAGGAGAGUCGCCCCGAGAACCAGAUCCCUGUGCGCGUGUCGAACACUGGGUCGAUCAUCAACUUCCGAGGUCCUAGCUCUGCCGUGGAGUCGCUUGUGGCUAAGUGCCAGGCCUUCAUUGAGCAGGAGAAGGAGGACGAGAAGGAGCGCGGGUUCAUCUUGGAGUUUGAAUUCCCCCAGAAGUUUGCCAACCACCUCAUUGGCAAGGGUGGAAGCAAUAUUCGGGAACUCCGCGACAAGUUCGACGUUGAUAUCCAGGUCAAUGACGGGAAGGUUCAGCUCAAGGGUCCCAAGGCCAAGGCCGAGGCCGCCAGAGCUCAUAUCUCUGCUCUCGGCCGUCAGCUCCAGGACGAGGCUACUCACGUUUUGAAGAUCGAGCCCAAGUUCCACCGUGAGCUUAUCGGCGCCCAGGGCGCCCAGAUCAACCGUCUCCAGACCCGCUACAAGGUCAUCAUUAACUUCCCUCGCACUGCUAAACCUGCCAAGGACGACGAAUCCGUUGCGGAUUCGAGCGAUGCCGGGAAGCACCGUCGUCAACAGGCCCCUGAUGAGGUCAUCGUUAGAGGUCCCAAGCGCGGAGCUGAUGAGGCCCGUGAUGAGAUUCUCUCGCUGUUACAGUAUCUCAAGGAUACCUCCUUCACCGACUCUAUCACUUUCCAGCAGAAGCAGCUUCCUUCCUUGAUUGGAUCUGGAGGUGCUGUGUUGGAGCAGCUUCGCCAGUCCAGUGGUGCCAGGAUUGACAUCCCCAGCGCCAAGGAAGAUGCUGACGCUGAGGUUGAGAUCCAGAUCAAGGGUACCAAGGCCCAGGUUGCUGCUGCCAAGAAGGCUCUUCAGGAGAAGAAGGCCGUGUUUGAUGACACUGUAGUCAAGACCAUCGAUGUUGAUCGCAAGUACCACAAAGCUCUUAUCGGGACUGGCGGUGCCAAUCUGCGGGACAUCGUCGUCAAGGCUGGCGGUUCCGAUGACCGCCGCGAGCUUGCCCGCGCCAUUCAAUUCCCCAAGCAGGAUACUGACGGAAACACUAUCAAGGUCGAGGGCCGCACCGAGGUUGUCGACAAGAUCAUUGCGCAGAUCCAGGCUAUUGUGUCGGAGCGCGAGAGCCAGAUUACCGAGGUUCUCGAGGUGCCUGUUGAGAAGCACAGAUCUUUGAUUGGCCGCGGCGGUGACAUCAAGCGCGGUCUUGAGAACCGAUUCAAGGUCUCGAUUGAUAUUCCUCGCCAGGGAAGCGGUCAGACUGGUGUCAAGAUUGCCGGCCAGGCUCCCGAUGUUGAGAAGGCCAAGGCUCACAUCGAGUCUCUGGUCAAGGAGCAGCAGGGCGAGACUGUGCAGGUUCCUCGUGCUCUCCACCACGCCGUCUCAAACAAUGGUCAAAUCUUCCGCAAGUUCAGAAACGAUUUCGGUGUUACUGUCGACCAUGCUGGCCAGGCCGUCCCACCCAGACCUGCGGCUCCAGAUGCCCGCUCCAACGGUGCUCUUCCUUUGAUCACUGACGACGAGGAAACCACUGCCGAUGCUCACUCCUGGAAGGUUGUCGAAAGCGGAUCGUCGUCCGAGGAGGGUGAAAUUCCAUGGGUCCUUCGCGGCUCCCCUGAAAGCAUCGAGAAGGCCAAGAAGGCCAUCGAGGCUGCGCUGGAACAGGCCAAGAAGCAGGAUGCCACAGGCUACUUGAUCCUGCCUGAUCCCCGCACGUACCGCUUCGUUAUUGGUCAGGGCGGCAGCAAGGUCAACUCCAUCCGCAAGCAGAGCGGUUGCAAGAUCACCGUUCCCCGUGACCAAGCUAAGGGUGAGGCCAUCGAGGUUGUUGGCAGCAAGGAGGGUGUUGAGAAGGCCAAGGAUUUGAUUCUGGCUGCCGUUAAGGAAGGUAUUGCCAGCAGAUCUGCGCCUAGGGAGCAGUAAAUUGUUUUCUUUGAUGGUCACUAAUGAUUUGGGAGACAAACGGUAGUUACGAAAAGUUGCUGAACUGGGGGCGUGGGGGCGAAGGGGCUAUUAAGGAAAGUUGAAGAAGGCGAAAAUGGGGAAUAUUCGCUCGAUAAUAUCUUGAUGUGUUUGCCUUUUUUUUUUAUCAUGUUGAAAAAUUACGGCACUUGGGCGGAUGGUAUGCCUGAUGCUAUUCCGGAGGGGGGUUGAUGUGUCGUAUAAAUAUUUUUAGCUAUGUCAUGAAUAUUGUUUUUGUAUGUUUAAAAGAAGCAAAUUGGGGUUGGCUGGUAUGAUAGGGUGGAUGAGGUUGUGUACAUCAUUUAGGAAUCCAUACUCUUCCGCUUAUGUCGUUUCCACGUUCAAUUUUGUGUGCUGAUGUCUCCAAACUUUCCAUCUGUUCUGGUAUAUUUAACUACAUAGGGAACAGAAAAUCUCAACAUAGUCGGUUCCUACA